UACCAGCUCCUAACUGUCAUGUCACAAGCGGUGUUUGAAAAAUGACAGGAGCUGGUUGGCUGGUACUUUAUCUCCAAUCAUUUUAUCUCAAUCCAAGGCUUAGUAAAUAGACCCCCUUAAUCAGUUACAUAUGCGUUUGGGCACUAAUAACGCGAUGGGCACCCGAUCAGAGCAACAGUUUAAUUACUCUGAUGGACACCCAUUACUCUGUCACAACAGGGUCUAUUUUAUAAUAUAGAUAUACCAGUCUUGGGUGUGCUGUCUCGCUCUGAUAUAUGGUUGAACGCAGUUGGCUUUAGGCGUGCGUAUAUCAGAGUGCUACCGCACACCGCAGUUUGGUAUAUCAGUGCUUGACAAGUUUUUCUAAGAUGUAGGUGCCCCUUCCCCGCAGCCACAUUUCUGAGCAGCUUCCCCUCAUCCACCUGGCAAACCAACCCCCAUGGCUGAAUUGAACACAACAACUCAUAUUUGCCUACUUUUCAAAAAGCAAUUCAGGGGGAUUGUGACAGUAACACCUAUCAGUGUGGACAUGUACUGCUACAUCUGAGAGGGGUGUCAUGAAAAUGACUUACAGCCGAAUGUAAAUGAGCCCCAAAGUUGUGAACAUGAAGUUGAUCCAGUCAAUAUUAAAGGGCCUUCCUAUACCAGUUUUGUGCCACACAACCGCUGCAACAUUUGUCAGUUUUUCAAAACAAGGCCAGAUCCUGCAAUCAGUUUCCAAUAAUGUCUAUGACAAUCUGGCUGUUGAAGAUUGGAUCCAUGAUCAUAUGAAUUUAGAGGAAAGGAAUGUUCUCUUUCUGUGGAGGAAUUCUCCAGCUGUGGUUAUUGGUCGACAUCAGAAUCCAUGGAAAGAAUGUAAUCUGCUUUUGAUGAGAGAGAAAGGGAUUGGAUUGGCAAGGAGGCGGAGUGGUGGUGGGACAGUGUAUCAUGAUCUUGGCAAUAUUAACCUAACUUUUUUAACAUCAAAGAAAAAGUAUGAUCGAGUGGAAAAUUUAAACUUGAUUAUUAGAGCUCUUAAAACAUUGCAACCUUCUUUGGAUAUACAAGCAACACAGAGAUAUGAUCUACUGCUUGAUGGGAAAUACAAAAUAUCAGGGACGGCAGCAAAGCUUGGAAGGACUGUUGCUUACCAUCAUUGUACACUGCUAUGUAAUGCAGACAGUUCUUUGUUGCCACUAGUGCUACAAAGCCCUUAUGAUGGUAUACAGAGCAAUGCCACACCUAGUGUACCUUCAUUGGUAAGGAACCUCUCACAAGCUGACUCAGGAUUAACAUGUGAAGCUGUAAUGGAUGCUGUUGCAAAAGAAUACAGUUUACAGUAUGAUGAUAAACCAUGUGUCCACAUAGUUGACCCAAGUGAUGAGACCAUCUUUCCUGGGAUAUCUCAGAAGAAAAUGCAGCUGUGCACUUGGGAGUGGAUUUAUGGGAAAACACCGAAAUUUGAGGUUGUGAAGUCCUUUCAGAUUUUAUAUAAGGAUUCUGUAGUAGGUGUUCAUUUAAGUAUAAGUAUAAAAAAUGGUUUUAUACAGAGUUGCUCUAUUGUGCUGCCUAGUCACUGGCUUCCCGAACAGCUGAUCAACGAGCUGCAGAAUAGCUUGGUGGGCAGUAAAUUUUGUCCGCAUGAAACCGUUUUCUUAGUAAGUGCGUUGCUUAGAACCUUUCCACAAGAUCAUGAAGUUCAGACAAAGUGGAACAUGUUAUGUGACAAGUUGGUGUCAAUAAUGUGAUAUAGUUAUGGGACCAUUAUUCAUGAAAUAUAUAUUUUUUACCAUGUACCCAAAUGGAAUGAAGUGUUUUAAGAAGAAAGGUCUGUGUUGUGUUUCCGAUUGCAGUUCAUUGUACAGCUUAUUCAUUAUUCAGGUCGAAAACAAAUAUUAGGCAAUAAGUCAUAUAGAUUACAUUUACAGUGAAAUAUAUAAUAAAAAUGCAGUGAUGAUUGUUAAAUAACAAUUGUAAUGUCAGUGGAGAAAAGUGGUAGCUGAGGAGGUGCGGGAUCCCUUCUAUCUGUACUGCCUACACCCUUUAUGAAAUCUGGUCUGCAGCAUAGGCUGAAGCAUGUAGGCUAUGGCUGCAUCAUAACUCCUAUAUUUCUGACCAAUGUAAAGUCCAGUGCCUUGAGCAGGUUUGACAAACAUGUUUAGCAGGGGUUGGGGAUGGAAUCCCGGGCGUGAGAAUGCCGGCAGCGUGGCGAGCGCUAGAAAGUCCUUUGCGGGCUCGCUGCGCUCGCCACAGGUUCUAUUCCCACUCUAUGGGUGUCGUGGACACCCACGAGUGGGAAUAGCCCUGGCGCAGCUGUCGGCGGUCGGGAUUCUGGUGUCAGUAUUCUGACCGCCGGGAUCCCGACCACCGGGAUAUUAGCUACAACCCGUUUUGCAGUUUGAGCUUACCUUGUGGAUCUGAGGGGACGUGGAUCACAGGGGAUGGACAACCUCUAAACAUUAGUUCAUUUUAAAAUACAUUGUCUUAAAAAAACACUAAACCUAAAAUACAAGAUACCUUAAACUAAGAGAUGCUCAUAUAAUUAACAA